CUGAGUAUCUGGAGAUGGGUGGAUAAUUUUCUUUCACUCUUUUGCAAGUGCAAAAAAAAUUAAAAUUCAGUGAAUUAAAGUCAACCAAAUCAAAAGCAAAGAGUUAUAAUUAAAAAUUAAAGAGUAUUGUUAAUCUGUGAUGUGUUUAAAAUUAGUGAAAUGUUAAUUCAUCAAUCAAAAUUUUGUUUUUAAUUGAAUAACAUACGAAAUAAUAAGAAAAAGAGAAGAAAAAAAUGGGCAAAUACGAUAGUAGUGAGCUUAUUGAAGCGAGUAGAAAAGGCGAUUAUUCUACAGUCGAGAAAAUUUUAAAUCAUCACAAAUCAAAGAAGUCUGCCUUUCACAGUUUACGAAGAGGUGUAGGUGUCAAUACACAAGAUAGUUCUGGAUAUAACGCACUACAUCAUGCAGCUUUAAAUGGGCAUAAUGAUGUUGUUCAUCUACUCUUAUCACAUGAUGACAUCAAUCCGAAUGCAUUAGAUCAGCGUGGUUCAUCGGCACUUCACUUGGCAGCAUGGGCUGGUCAUACUGACAUAUGUAAAUUGCUCCUUAAACACCCGGCACUCCCAGCUGAUCCAAACUGUCGUACAGCAGAGGAUGAGACUCCUUUACAUUUUGCGGCUCAACAUGGACAUCUAACAGCGAUCAUUGAACUUUUGACACAUGGCGGUGAUCCAAACAUUGUGAAUGUCAGAGAUGAGACACCGCUGGAUUUGGCUGCACAAUAUGGACGUCUACAAGUUGUACAGAUUCUCGUUCGUGCUCAUAAUGAAUUAUUGUUGCCGUUAAAGGCCACAUCAACACCACAAUAUCAUACAGCAUUACAUUUAGCUAGUCGAAAUGGACAUCGUGAUGUUGUCGAGUUGCUCCUUGCAGCUGGCUGUAAUGUUAAUAUUCUCACACCAAAUGGCAGUGCUUUACAUGAGUCUGCGAUGUGCGGUAAGGAAAAAGUUGUCAAAGCUCUCUUAAAGGAAGGAAUCGAUUUAGAUCUGACAGAUCGUGACGGAAGGACAGUCUUUGAUUUAUUGGAUGAAUUUCCAGCUCAUGUUGUUCAUCGUAUACGAACAGUUAUUAAUAAUUAUCGGAAAUCAACAAUUUAUGACAGUGAAUCUGAUGAUCCACGUGAAGUUGAUAGAUAUCCAAGACGUGGAAAUGGAUCUGGAUAUACAGAAUAUCGAGGUGGCUCAACAUCAAAUAGUAAUCGAGGUAAAGCACGAAUGCAGCAACCACAACAACUAAAUCAUCGUUAUCAAGAGCAUUAUGACAAUUAUGGUGGAACAACAAGUCCAUCAAGUUCAAUGGGAAGUUUUGGAGGAGGAAUCAGUCCAACACCACCACAUCCAGCGGGAGUUAUGGUCAAAAUCACACCAAGAAGUGUUCCAUUAAAGCCACCAAGAAAAUCACAAUCAAUUUCACCACCAAGUCAUCCACAUACACUACAUCCAAUUAGUCGCUCAUUUGACAUGCUGGAUUAUGAUAUUGAUCACAGUCUACAUCACAGCUCUAAUGAUCAACUUGAUUGUUCAUCAUCGACAUCCUCAAAUCAUCAUUAUAAUAAUAAUAACAAUAACAGUAGUUAUAAUAAGAAUCAAAAGUCAAACAAGACGGGAAACGGAAGUCAAAGAACGCCAUACGAGUAUCUAUACUUAUCGCAAAGUGGUGAAUCAGACGGGCAACAAAAGAAAAGCUUGAAAAAGAAAACAACGCCGAGUGAGGAACAGAAGAGUGAAAGUGAUUAUAUUAUCAUGAAUGCGCCAAUAACAAUACCGGCUGAUUAUGAUAAGAAAAUUGUUCGUGUCGCAAAUCCACAUAGGAAAUUGAGACGACCAAAGGAUGGAUACAGUCAAGAGAGCGACACAUUUGUUCAAGUUCGUCGUAAUCCCAAUGAGCCGCCAUUAUCACCAACUCAUUAUCCAAAAGCAUCAACGCCAGAGCACGCACCGCCAAGUGUAGAGCAAGCUGAAAACUAUAUAUUUUCAAGGAUUCGACCAUUGAGUCAGGAAUAUAAGAGGUGUUCCGGUAAAUUGGAUUUUAAUAAAUCGCCCGCAUCAGCAUCAAGUGGUUCCCUCAGUUCUGUGUCACUAUCCAGUUCGACUGAUUGUGUUGAAGAAUAUCAUGGAGAUGCACCGUUUGCUGGUCUUUUUAAGGGAUCAACAAUGACGUUAAAUAAUCCAAAUAGCACCUUUACGACACAUUUAUCAACAUUCACACAGCAUUUACAGCAUAAAGAUGAUCCGAGUCGAACACACAUGACGACGACGUCAAGUACCAAUAAUAAUCAUCAUGCGGAUGAAGUGAAUGUAGAGCGUAAUGUGACUCUGAUGAGUCCAUUUGAUGAGCAAGAAGAAUGGGCGAAAAUAUCAGAGAUUAUGGAAUCUUUUGGAAGUGGAAUCGCACGUGAAUCUGUGUUUGUGAAUGAUAUUGAGAAUGAAUUCAGACAACGAUUAGGAUUGAAGGAUUUCAAGUCAGAAAAUGGAAGUGAUGGAAAGAUUAUUGAGGAUCCAAUACCAGAAGUUGAUGAGAAUCUCACACCGUUAAAGAAAUGGCUAGUCGAAAUAAAUUUAGAGCACUUAGAAGAACAAUUAAUUGAGAAUGGAUAUGACAAUCUCGACUAUCUCAACGGACUGAUAGCGAAUGAAAAUGAUUUAGAAAUUUGUGGUAUAUCCGAGAAAGAUCGUCAUGUUCUACUUAAUGAAAUUCUCAAAUUACCAAAACCACCGACGCUACUUGAAGCUAAUAAGAAUAAUAAACUCAAUAAUAAUCAGCAUCCAAUUCUGACGGCCGAUCAAUGGCUGACCUCAAUACAUCUUGAAGAAUAUGUUGAUGUGUUCAAGAAGCACUUGUACAUUGAUAUGGAAAAAAUCUACACAAUCUGGGAUAUUGAACUGCAAGCUGUGCUAGAAAUUAAUAAAAUUGGUCAUCGUAAGCGUAUCCUUUAUUCGCUAAUUGGACAACGAUUAGAACCACCAAACAUAGAGGAGAUUAAUGAAGAUACAUGUUCAAAUAACGCAUUAGACAUUAACAAUGAUGAAUCAACUGAUAACAAUAAUAAACCGCAAAAAGUCAAGCCUACACCUGUUGUGAGGUCGGCGUCAUCUUCAAGACAUAAAAAGAAUCGAAUGGCACCUCAACCGCCUGUAAGAGCUAAUAAUCUUGAGAUUAGGUCACCAUCAGAGUUGCUGUUGACAAAUCAAGGGAGCUUACAGGCACAGUGGAAGCAUUCGGCUGCUGCUCUCAUUGCUGGAACUAUUCGAUAUGAAGUUUUUUACCUCGGUUCAACAAUCAUUAAAGAGCUCCGCGGAACAGAAUCGACCAGAAAAUCAAUCCAAAAACUCAAGAAAGGUGCACUUAUGACAUCAUCAUCGCCUAGUCACACGUCACUAAUUCAAACCGUAAAGCGACCUGUUUGCCUAGCAAUCUCACAUUUAGGCGUACAAUUCAUUGAUAUUGACAGUCAAGGUGUCAUUUGUGAGCACAGCGUUAAGAAUAUCGACUGCGCGUGUCAAGAUGCCGAAGAUCUUUCACACUUCGCAUACAUUACCAAAGAUUUUGAUAAUAAUACUCAUUAUUGUCAUGUGUUCAAUGUUGACAGUAUGGAACUAGCAACCGAAAUAAUCCUUACAUUAGGUCAGGCCUUCGAAGUCGCCUAUCAAUUAGCUUUACGUGAAACCUCAUCAACACCAAGCAGUGCAGGUAUCAAUGGCAAACGUCCAAUGUCACUUGCAAGCACUACCUCAACAUCGGAUAAUGGUUAAUGUUAAAGCUUGAGUCGGAGAUGAAAUUUUAUAGCAUAAAUUUUUAAAAAUCGCUGUGGACACAACACUGAGAAUUUUUUUAUUAUUCGACAUUAAUCGACGUCAAGCGGAUUUUAGAGGAAAUUUUUAGGAAUCGAAUUUCACUCUUCCUUGUUGUCUCUCGUGAAAUGAAAAUGAACCAAAAAACAAAACUAUUUCAAAAAUUAAUUCUUUCACAACUUUUUUGAGCUCAAUAGAAAUUUUUAAGGAAUCAUUCAAGCUAUAAAAAAUGUUAUUCAUAAAAAAAAUUAUCAUGCAUGAGAAGAUGAAGAUGAUGAAUAUUAUAUAGUAAAAAAGUCUAUGAUAAGAAUUAUAUUGAAACACAAUCAGCUUUAGAGGAAAAACAAACAAAUGUUUAUUGAUGAUUCAUUUUUUUAUAUCACAGAUUUAUUGUGGAUCUCUUUUUAUUUUCCUAUUUACUUAUUGUUGCUAUUUCCGCAUAGUUUUCAUAUUUAAUCGAAAGUUUUUCAUUGUUUAGAAUUUUCACUUACAUUUCAUAGCUAAUCCUAAAUAUACACAAUUGGGGCAAUGAUUGAAUGUUUUUUAAGGUGAAGUUGGAUUAGGUUUGUAGUAUUAAAUGGAUAGAGCUGCAAGUGCUGGAACGAAACUGCUCAAGACUACAUCCAUGACUGUUUUGGGCACUGAUACUAAGUAUCAUAAGAUAAUCGAUUAUAAAAUCUAAUGUAAGACUUUGAUCAUCAUUGAAAUCAAACUUUGAGUUGCAUUGAAGGAUACAAAGCUUAUUAAGCAUCAUCGCUUUGAUAUGGGAACUGAAUAGCUGCUUAGGAUGAAUGAUCAUCAGGAAUAAGCUUAAAUUAUUUAAGUUAAAUAUGAAUUUCUAGAUGUCAAAAUGAUAAUAUCAACAAGUUUUGACAAGAUUUCUUUUCUGGGACUCGAACCUAGGCAGAUGUCAUAGUUUGCUACUUAAAUGUAAACCUACUUAAUGUUUGGCAUCAGUUUUAGCAAAAAGAUAGCUUUAAUCAUUUUGAUCAGUUCUGAACUGCUGGUUUAAGCAAAAACUUCACUUAAAAAAAUAUUCCAUCAUUGCCUUACUCUAUAAAUCAAAUUCUUUAUCCCCCAUAAUGAUAUCAUAACCUUUUAAAUAGCAAAGCUCGAUAAAAGAAAAUUUUAAUUUUGCAAAUUAAAUGCAGAAAUUUUUUUAAAAAAACAUUUAAACUUUUUAGCUUUUAACUGAAUGAAAAAAAAAGAAUCUUUCUAAGAGAAUGAUUGAAAUUUGAUUGCCAAAGUUUUAAAACAAAAACAAAAUCAAUAAUAAAGUAAAUAAAAAUAUGAAUAAUAAUUAAUUGUGAUUUAUGGAUAUUUGCAGCAUAGCAUGAGCUCACAAUAUUAAUAAUCUAUGAAGUAAAUAUAUUAAUGAGAAAGUAUAUGAACAAAAAAAUUGAUAAAAAAUAUAUUUUAAAAGUCAACAAUAAUUAUAUGAAAAUGAAAUUAAGAACUAAGUUGUAGCUGCAGGUUAUGUAUAAAGAAAUGAAAAGUGUUGAAUGACGUUUUUUCAAUAAAAGUUUUUGGAGGGCCUUGGUGGAAUUUUAAAACAUCUAAAGAAUUUUAAUUUUUCAAAUUUAAAAUAAAUUUGCUUAAGAUUUCCAAAAA